AUGGCACCGCCAGAACUUGAGGAGUUGAAGAAGCAACUGAAGGAUUUGCUAGAUGCUGGGUUCAUCUGUCCAUCGAAGGAACCUUAUGGCGCACCAAUCUUGUUCCAAAAGAAGCAUGAUGAGAAUAACCUAUAUGUGAAGAAGGAAAAGUGUUCCUUUGCAAGGGACAAAGUCCACUUCUUGGGACAUACCAUUAAAGAUGGAACUCUCUGCAUGGAUCAAGAAAAGGUGAAGGCUAUCAAAGAAUGGGAGCCGCCAAAAAAAGUAUCUGAAUUAAGGUCAUUUCUUGGGUUGGCUGAUUACUAUCGGAGGUUUAUCAAGGAAUACUCCACCAAGGCUGCACCAUUAACUGAUCUUCUCAAGAAGAAUCACUCUUGGGAAUGGUCAAAGGAGUGUCAAAAGACCUUUGAUGAGUUGAAGGCUGCUAUCACAGAAGGACCAGUACUAGCACUGCCCAACUACUCGAAGGUGUUUGAAGUCCACACUGAUGCUUCUGACUAUGCUAUUGGAGUGGUUCUGAUGUAA